GCGAGCAACAGAGCGGACGCUGUUACCGACGCGCGGAUAGCGAUGAGCGGCGGAGACCGGGCGGAGUAGACUCAGACUCAGACCCGGACCGGACCGGACCGGACGAUCAGCGGAAGAUGGCGCACGAGUCCCCCGCUAAGAGCCUGGUGGACAUAGACCUCGCGUCGCUGCGCGACCCUGCUGGUAUUUUCGAGCUGGUGGAAGUGGUCGGCAAUGGCACCUACGGACAAGUGUACAAGGGUCGACAUGUCAAAACCGGACAGUUGGCAGCCAUCAAAGUCAUGGACGUGACUGAAGAUGAAGAAGAGGAGAUUAAGCUGGAGAUUAACAUGCUGAAGAAAUACUCUCAUCACAGGAACAUCGCCACGUAUUACGGCGCCUUCAUCAAGAAGAGUCCUCCAGGACACGACGACCAGCUGUGGCUGGUGAUGGAGUUUUGUGGAGCUGGUUCGAUCACAGACCUGGUGAAGAACACUAAAGGGAAUACCCUGAAGGAAGAAUGGAUCGCGUACAUCUCCAGAGAAAUCCUCAGGGGUUUGGCCCACUUACACGCUCAUCACGUCAUCCACAGAGACAUUAAGGGCCAAAAUGUGCUUCUGACUGAAAACGCUGAGGUCAAGUUAGUGGACUUCGGCGUCAGUGCUCAGCUGGAUCGAACCGUGGGCCGCAGGAACACCUUCAUCGGGACACCAUACUGGAUGGCUCCCGAGGUCAUCGCCUGCGACGAGAACCCAGACGCCACGUACGACUACAGGAGUGAUCUGUGGUCCUGUGGGAUCACGGCGAUAGAGAUGGCCGAGGGCGCUCCUCCGUUGUGCGAUAUGCAUCCCAUGCGAGCGCUCUUUCUCAUACCCAGAAAUCCUCCGCCCAGACUCAAGUCCAAGAAAUGGUCUAAGAAGUUCUUCAGCUUCAUCGAGGGCUGUCUGGUGAAGAACUACACGCAGCGGCCGCCCACCGAUCAGCUGCUGAAGCACCCCUUCAUCAGAGACCAGCCCAACGAGCGGCAGGUGCGCAUCCAGCUCAAAGACCACCUGGACCGCUGCCGCAAGAAGCGCGGAGAGAAAGACGAGACCGAGUACGAGUACAGCGGCAGUGAGGAAGAGGAGGAGGAGGCUCAGGAGCAGGAGGGAGAGCCCAGCUCUAUCGUGAACGUGCCGGGCGAGUCGACUCUGCGGCGGGACUUCAUCCGUCUGCAGCAGGAGAAUAAGGAGCGCUCGGAGGCCCUGAGACGCCAGCAGCUCCUCCAGGAGCAGCAGCUCCGCGAGCAGGAGGAGUACAAGCGGCAGCUGCUGGCCGAGCGACAGAAGCGCAUCGAGCAGCAGAAGGAGCAGAGGAGGCGUCUGGAGGAGCAACAGAGACGCGAGCGCGAGAUGAGGAGGCAGCAGGAGCGAGAGCAGAGGAGGAGAGAGCAGGAGGAGAAGAGGCGCCUGGAGGAGAUGGAGAGGAGGCGCAAAGAGGAGGAGGAGCGCCGAAGGGCAGAGGAGGAGAAGAGGAGGGCUGACCGCGAGCAGGAGUACAUCCGCCGGCAGCUGGAGGAGGAGCAGAGGCACCUGGAGAUCCUGCAGCAGCAGCUGCUUCACGAGCAGGCCAUGCUACUGGUGAGAGACGAGUGCUUCACCUCAUUUCACACACACAGACAGAGCUGCUUCAUAAAGACACCGCAUCAUUAUAUUGAAUUGCAUGAGUACAUCCGCCGGCAGCUGGAGGAGGAGCAGAGGCACCUGGAGAUCCUGCAGCAGCAGCUGCUUCACGAGCAGGCCAUGCUACUGUUAAGAUCAUAUUAUAAUGUUAUUGUUUAUUGUAAAAGAAAAAAAUAUAUAUAUAUUGGUAAUUGCAAGUUUACCCCAGCAAAGGAAAACAGCGUUGACUUAAAGCAUUGCACAUGCAUGGACCCAGACAUUUACCUUUCUCAGUUCCAGAGAUCAGGGCCUGUGACAGUGUUGGGUUCAGGCUGGAAAGACGCUUCUAGUCCCAGUCCUGUAGAGAUUGGGCAGAGGAACUGCAUUAGGGGUCGAAAUCCCCUGCUGCCCGACCUGCUCCAGCAGAGUCAGCACUCUCCCCCCUCUUCCUCCUCUCCCAGCAGCCCUGCCCUGUCCCCCCUCAGUCCCUCGGACAGAGUCCCGUGCCUAGCGGAGACUCCCACCGUGCCGAAGCACAAGUCUUCCUCGUCUUUCACACCCUUCAUUGACCCGCGUCUCCUCCAGGUCUCUCCAUCCACCGGCAGCGCGCUCAAUAAUGCUGGUUACAGUAAUGACGCUCGACUGCAGGAGGCUCUGCGGCAGGACGCGUCUCGUAAGGGAUCGGUGGUCAACGUCAAUCCUGUCAACACACGGCCACAGAACGACACGCCAGAGAUCCGCAAGUACAAGAAGAGGUUCAAUUCAGAGAUCCUGUGCGCUGCUCUCUGGGGUGUGAAUCUGUUGGUUGGGACGGAGAGCGGCCUCAUGCUGCUGGAUCGCAGUGGUCAGGGGAAAGUCUACCCGCUCAUAAGCCGCAGACGCUUCCAGCAGAUGGACGUUCUGGAGGGACUCAAUGUGCUUGUGACGAUAUCAGGGAAGAAGAAUAAAUUGCGGGUGUACUAUCUGUCCUGGCUGAGGAACAAGAUCCUCCAUAAUGACCCUGAGGUGGAGAAGAAGCAGGGCUGGACCACCGUAGGAGAUCUAGAGGGCUGUGUGCACUACAACGUUGUGAAGUACGAGAGGAUCAAGUUCUUGGUUCUGGCCCUGAAGAAUUCAGUAGAGGUGUAUGCGUGGGCUCCCAAACCGUACCAUAAAUUCAUGGCUUUCAAGUCGUUCGGUGAUCUGGUGCACAAGCCGCUGCUGGUUGACCUCACAGUUGAAGAAGGCCAAAGGUUAAAGGUCAUCUAUGGGUCCUGCUCUGGCUUUCAUGCUGUGGAUGUGGACUCAGGAGCCGUCUAUGACAUUUAUCUGCCAACUCACAUUCAGACCAGUAUUCAGUCGCAUGCCAUCAUCAUCCUGCCAAACACGGAUGGCAUUGAGCUGCUGGUGUGUUAUGAAGACGAGGGCGUGUAUGUCAACACCUACGGCCGCAUCACCAAAGACGUGGUGCUCCAGUGGGGCGAGAUGCCCACCUCCAUCGCGUAUAUCCGCUCUAACCAGAUCAUGGGCUGGGGAGAGAAGGCCAUAGAGAUCCGCUCGGUGGAAACAGGCCACCUGGAUGGAGUUUUCAUGCACAAAAGAGCACAGCGACUCAAGUUUCUGUGUGAGAGGAAUGACAAGGUCUUCUUUGCGUCUGUGCGUUCUGGAGGCUCGAGUCAGGUGUACUUCAUGACGCUGGGCCGCACCUCCCUGCUCAGCUGGUAAAGCAGGAGUCUGAGCUGCUGAUGGAGUUUCUCGAAGCGCUGCGCUGAGGCCAGGCCACACGAACGGCCCGAGCCCGCUGGAGGACUGAAACCGGCAAACACACUAACUGAGCCUGCUGCGUGAGGAACGGCUCGAGUAUCUCCAGUAUUAUUGCUAGUCUGUGUAAAUGUCUUUCUCUAGAGUUUAACACAAUCUGACUCCGCUGAGAGGAGCGCUGACAUCCUGCUGUGUCACAAAUAGUGGUCUGACAAUAGUGAAACACAAAAUGGCUUUGUUUUGUCAUGUUUUUUUAUUUUUAUUUAUGGCUUGUAUUUAUUUCUAGCUUGUUUUUUUAUUAUUACUUGUUUUUACUAAGCAGAGUAGUUCCAGUAAU